AUGGAAGAAUUUAGAAAAAAAGGGUUAGGAGAAAUUUUUGCACAAGAAUGUGAGGUGUCGAAUGAAAUUUCAAUUUGGCUUGACGAAUUGUCGACUUAUAUCAUCUAUGAUGAAAAAAAAAAUGAGAUGUACUAUGAGGAUCAUGAUCAUUCGAACGCCAAAAUUAUAAUAAUUGACCACACCAAAAGUAUAACAAUUGACUUUGUUAAUGAUGAUUGUCUGGCUACAAUAUUCAUGUAUGUGCCAGCAUGUGAAAGACCAAAAAUUGCACUGGUAUGUCAAAAGUGGAGAAGAGUUCUUGGGUUAUCUUGGGGUAAUGUCAAGAAACUUGAACUAACUCAUUGGGAAUAUGAUGAGUAUCCAAGUUGUUUGAAAAAAUAUCCAACACUCGAUGAACAAUUUAGUUUUUUAAAAUCACUGCUUUCUAAAUGUGGUCGUUAUUUAACACAGUUAGACUUGACAGCUUAUGGCCAUUGUAACAUAGUGCCAGUUAUUAAUGAAUAUUGUCCAAACCUCGUAAAACUUCGAUUGAGAUUUACCUAUGUUGACAAUAUAAUAUUAUUUGAUGCAUUUUCACGUCUAUCUAAGCUCAAAGUAUUAGCAAUUAUAUUUCAAGAUUUUAAAGAUGAGUUUAUACCUUAUACUUUAAUCAAUUCAUUACUAAAAGUUGCUGAUACAUUGACUGAUUUGAUUCUGUCAAAUUGGAAAGAUAAAUUAUCUUGUGAUUUUUCAAAAGAAACCGUUUGUGUACUUGGUUUUCCAGACACUUAUUUAUGGCGACGUAACAACAGUCAAUCUAGAAAAAGAGGAAAUUUAAAUAUUUCAAUUGAAAAAAAAAGCUCAAAAAUACUAUGGGCAGAUCAACAAAAAAUAUUUAAGCGUCAUAAAAGAGAUUUUGUUGAUAAACUUGAAUCAGAAAAACCUUUGAUACGUGAUAAACGUUUGCUUGAUUUUCCUGACAAUUAUAAUGACAUUGAAAAUAAUUUAAACAAUGAAAAAAUGUUUAAUGAUGAAUUGUGGAAUGAAGAAUGGUACCUGCAAGACACACGUGGUAAUAAAGCUCUACCAAAGCUGGAUCUAAAUGUGCUUCCACUUUACCGAGCUGGGGUAACUGGACGUGGGGUAAACGUAGCUGUUCUCGACGAUGGGCUAGAACAUACCCAUCAGGAUUUGAUAAAUAAUUAUAAUUCAGAGAUAAGUUAUGACGUCAAUGAAGGAGACAUGGAUCCAAUGCCUCGUUAUGAACAAACAGGAAUGAAUGGACAUGGUACAAGAUGUGCUGGUGAAAUAGCAAUGGAAGCAAAUAAUCAUAAAUGCGGUGUUGGAGUGGCAUUUGAAGCUUCUAUUGGUGGAAUAAAAUUACUCGAUGGAAUUGUUAAUGAUAGAGUUGAGGGUGAGGCACUUGGCUAUCGACAGGAUAUCAUUGAUAUUUAUACAGCAUCAUGGGGUCCAGCUGAUGAUGGUAAAAGCUUAGAGGCACCUGGUAGGCUUGCCACUGAAGCACUUGAACGUGGUAUCAUGAAGUUAUGCGUGAUUGAAUUUAAAAUGAUUGUUAGGGUCAAAUUAUUGGGAAAUAUGGGCUGGGGGCAGAACGAUAAUUGUGGAUGUGAUGGAUAUGUUAAUAGUAUUUAUACAAUUGCUGUUGGUUCAGCGAGUCAAACUGGUAAAUUUCCAUGGUAUGGUGAACAAUGCACAGCUACCAUGGCAACAACAUACAGCAGUGGAGCAUAUCAAGACCAAAUGAUUGCAACGACUGAUUUAAAGAAUAAAUGCACCACCCGUCACACUGGAACAUCUGCCUCAGCUCCACUCGCUGCGGGAAUUCUUGCUCUGGCAUUGCAAGUGAACAAGGAGUUGACCUGGAGAGAUGUACAACAUCUCAUCGUUCAAACAGCUGAAUAUAGUCCUCUUAGAAAUAAUCCAGGAUGGAUAAAAAAUUCAGCUGGUUUUUUUUUCAAUUCACGUUUUGGAUUUGGAUUGAUGAAUGCCCAUGCUCUUGUUUUAGCAGCCAACAAUUGGACUAGAAUACAAAAUAAAAUAGUAUGCCAUGUAAAGCCAGAAAAAGAAUUGAAAUAUUUGACUUACGGUCGACCAAUUACUUUGACAUUUAAAGUAAAUAAUUGUCCUCAGGGUGAUGUUAAAGUUGCUUAUCUAGAGCACGUUGAAAUUGAGACAAGUAUAAAAUACACAAAUCGUGGAUCACUAAAAAUGCAUUUGACCUCAGCUGCUGGUACGAGGGUGCAAAUAUUAUACUCACGACAACUGGACGAUUCGAAUGAGGGUUUCAAUAGGUGGAAAUUCAUGUCAGUAGCAACGUGGGGUGAAAAACCAUUGGGUACUUGGAGUUUGAAAAUAACUGAUGAGAUUGGUCCAGCAUGGAAUAAUGGAUCUAUUGAAAAUGUCACAUUGAUUCUUCAUGGUACAUCAGAGCUUCCAUAUUACCGUAAGAAUGGAACAAGAAUAUACAACGAUAAUUAUAAUCGCAUGAGAAAAACGAAUAGAGAUGAAAUCAUUCAAACGAAAAAUUAUGGGGAUGAGGUAAAUGAAGAUACCAAGUGGAACGUGAUUCUGACCAACGAGAUCAAUUUAUAUGAUAAAGUUAAAAAAGUUGAAAAACUUAUUUGGCUUGAUUGGCUUAAAAAAGUUUUAUUUGGUUAA